GAUCUCAUCCAGUCAUCCUGAUUUCCCAAUUUCAGUUUUUCUUCACUCUCUUCCUAUGGCUUCUCUUAGAUUCCAUUCUCUCCUUCUUCUUCCGAGCUACAUUUUCGUGUUCGCUUCUACCAGAGUUUGUUCUUCUCCUGCACCGAAAGUCUCGUUGGCUCUGUACUAUGAGACCCUCUGCCCUUACUGUUCCCGUUUCAUCGUUAAUCAACUGGCGAAGGUCUUCGAGAAGGAACUCAUUACAAUAGUCGAUCUUAAGCUCGUUCCUUACGGAAACGCCAGGAUUGAAGACCAAGACCACAUCGUCUGCCAGCAUGGCCCAAUGGAGUGCUUGCUGAAUACCGUGGAAGCCUGUGCUAUAGAUGUCUGGCCUGAUCUGAAUGAGCAUUUCAAGUUCAUUUACUGUGUUGAACAUAUGGUAUUAGAGGGCAAGUACAAAGGGUGGCAAUCCUGUUUUGAGAAAAUGAAUUUGAAUAAAAAGCCCAUCGAAGAAUGUUAUAAUAGUGGACGUGGGAAGGAGAUUGAACUUAAGUAUGCAAAAAUAACUGAUUCUCUUAAUCACCCUCAUAAAUAUGUGCCUUGGGUAACUGUCAAUGAUCAGCCACUCUAUGAGGACUAUGAAAACUUCAUAGCUUAUGUGUGCAAGGCUUACACAGGCAAUCCUUUGCCCGAGGCUUGCAAGUCACUAACCCAUCAGAUCGUCUCAGUGGAGAAAGCAAACUCUACCUCUGAAGUUUGUUUUGCAGAUGAAACAACCAAAACAUCAGCUUCAUACUCGUCAUCACUGACAAAAACAGGAAGAACAUUGACUGCAGGAACUCCAUGGAGGCGCCGGAUGAUGUAAUAUUCCAUAUAGAAGUCAUACUUUGAUGUUAUCUUUUGUGCUUGACCCAUUAUGGGCC